AUGAAGUCUCGCUGGGCCGAUGAUGAGGAGGAUGCAGCUCUUGAGGCACAGCGCAAACGCGAAAAAGAAGAGAAGAAACGAUUGAAAGCCGAAAAGCAGCGCAAGGCAGACGAAGCUGCUGCACGGGAACGCGAAGCUGCGCAAGCUGCGGCAGCAGCAGAGACACAGUCUCAAGAUGCAGAGCUCUCCUCGAGGCCUGCGAAGCGGCGGAAAUUGUCACCAGAGCCUCGAGAACCGGUGGCUGAAGAAGAACCGCGCCCGGCGAAGCUCUUGCGAUUUCCGGCGCCGGAGUGGAAGAAAUGUAGGAGUGUGGAGGAUUUCGAGAAGCUGAACGAUAUUGAGGAGGGGGCCUACGGGUGGGUUUCACGGGCAAAGGAUUCGAUUACGGGGAAGGUCGUUGCAUUGAAGAGGCUGAAGAUGGAUAAUGCGCAGGAUGGGAUACCAGUUACUGGGUUGAGGGAGAUACAGACACUGAUGGAUUGUGCUCAUCCAAAUAUCGUGACCUUAAGGGAGGUGGUUGUCGGGGAGGAUACGAGUAAGAUUGAGAAUAUCUUCCUCGUGCUCGACUUUCUCGAACAUGACCUCAAGACCCUCCUAGAAGACAUGAACGAACCCUUCUUAAAUUCUGAAGUCAAGACCCUUCUGCUGCAACUUACAUCCGGCGUCUCUUACCUACACGACAACUGGAUCCUACACCGAGAUCUCAAAACCUCCAACCUCCUGCUCAAUAACCGCGGCGUCCUCAAAAUUGCAGACUUUGGCAUGGCGCGGUAUUUCGGAGACCCUCCUCCCAAGAUGACCCAGCUAGUAGUCACCCUUUGGUACCGCGCCCCUGAGCUGUUACUCGGAGCAGAGAGGUACGGCACCGCGAUAGAUAUGUGGAGUGUAGGAUGCAUAUUCGGGGAACUACUCACCAAGGAGCCUCUACUGCAAGGGAAGAACGAAGUCGACGAGCUGUCCAAGAUCUUCGAGCUAUGCGGGAUACCGACCGAGGAGUCCUGGCCCGGCUUCAAACGCCUCCCCAACGCUCGCUCUCUCCGCCUCCCAAAGAACCCCGUCACCCAGGGCUCUGUCCUGCGCGCUAAAUUCCCCUUCCUGACCUCUGCUGGGAGCUCUCUCUUAGUUUCGUUGUUAGAGUUGAAUCCGGCGAGGAGACCGACGGCAAAGGAGGUCCUGGAGCAUCCUUUCUUCAAGGAGGAUCCAAAGCCUAAAAGUACGGAGAUGUUCCCUACGUUCCCCAGUAAAGCGGGACAGGAGAAAAGACGGAGGAGAGGGACGCCCAAUGCGCCGGUUAGAGGUAACGUGCCGGAGAUCAAGGCGACGGAUUUUAGUGGUAUUUUCGCUGGGAGGGAGGAUGAGGAGAAGGGGGGUGGAUUUUCAUUGAAGCUUAUUUAG